CAACCAUGUCUAGAUUAUGGGUCAGAUAGAAGACCAUCGGUUUUAAUCUGGUUGAUUUCAGGGGUUUUACUUCACCGUUAUACCUAAAGAGAUCCAUAUCGGGUAUAAACGGAUAUUUGUACCGAUACCAGCGGAUGUAACGCUCCUCUGCGGCUUCAUCUGCGCCUUUUGCUAGCGGAAAUACAGCAGGAUGUUUAUUAUUAGACGCAAAAACAAUUGACGAGGCUUUGUCGAGGCUUAAAAAACAAAAAAAAGGUGUUUCCACAACCAGGCUGUCAAACAUAAGAGGACCAUAGAUGUAACUCCUUUCCCACUGCGGGCGGCGUUUAAGACAAAAACCAUCCAAAUGAUGUCCGGAAAGCAUUUCAAGGCUCAUGAAGUGAGCUGCUGCAUCAAGUAUUUCAUUUUCGGAUUCAACAUAAUAUUCUGGUUCCUUGGAGUGGCGUUCCUCGGCAUAGGGUUGUGGGCAUGGAACGAAAAGGGUGUUCUGUCCAACAUCUCCUCCAUCACAGACCUUGGGGGCUUUGACCCAGUCUGGCUCUUCUUGGUGGUGGGUGGUGUGAUGUUCAUCCUCGGAUUCGCUGGUUGCAUCGGAGCGCUGCGAGAAAACUCUUUCUUGCUCAAAUUCUUCUCUGUGUUCCUGGGUAUCAUCUUCUUCCUGGAGCUGACUGCAGGAGUCCUGGCUUUUGUCUUCAAAGAUUGGAUCAAGGACCAGCUCAAUUUCUUCAUUAACAACAACAUUCGGGCCUACAGAGACGACAUUGAUCUGCAGAACCUGAUAGACUUCACCCAGGAAUAUUGGGAGUGUUGUGGAGCUUUUGGAGCCGACGACUGGAAUUUAAACAUCUACUUCAACUGCACUGAUUCAAACCCGAGUCGUGAGAAAUGUGGCGUGCCCUUUUCCUGCUGCACCAAAGAUCCAGCGGAGGAUGUAAUCAACACUCAGUGUGGCUACGACAUCCGAGCAAAAACGGACUCUGAGCAGCGGACCUUCAUCUAUAUCAAAGGAUGCGUUCCUCAGUUUGAGAAGUGGCUUCAAGACAACCUGACAGUGGUGGCAGGCAUCUUUAUUGGAAUUGCAUUACUACAGAUUUUUGGCAUCUGUUUAUCGCAGAAUCUCGUGAGCGACAUUGAAGCUGUGAGAGAGAGUUGUUUGUUUACCUAAGACCUCCACAGAAACUCCAAAGGGCAAGAAGGAUGUACCAGUGUUUCUUUCUGCAGGACUCUGCAGUUUGGACGCCAGCAACGAAGGGAACAAAUUUAAUCAGCUAAUGUGUCCCAAAUGAAGAGUCUCUUCCACAUGUAAAUAGUAAAUGUAGAGUUAUUUUUAGAGUUAUUUGUGGCUCCUUUUUUGAAUGAAGCACAACCUUAAAAUAUACUGCAGCUGCAUUGUAAAUGCUUUACAGUAUAAGCGGCUCAAAAGAAAAGUCCCAGUUCACAGAGCAGAGGGGGGGUCACACCUUGUAAGCAGGACACAUGAAGGUAGAUUUGAUGUAUCAGAGGUAGUGCUUCAUUUAGAAAAGGGCCUUGGUUUUAUAUGUCUCACAGCUGCAGUUUUUAACACUGCAUGUAAGAGUUGUGUACAAAGAAAAAAGUGAUUCUGGAAAUGCACUGCAUGCCUAUUGUCUACUGGUAGGACAUUGGCUCUCCUAAAUGUAUUUCAUUAAUGUUAAGUAUUUUAAAAAAAUAUUUGUAAAAUAGCCACUAGUUUAGAGUGAAUCGGCUGGUUAGCACUUUGUUGAAUGUUUAAUGGAAUCUACUUAAAGCGACGGAGAAUUACCUUUUUUUUUUUAGAUUUAUUUCCAUCUGUGACAUAAUGCUCGUAUUCUACAGAUGCAUACAGUUUGUAAGCAGAGUUUUGUUUGGGCUGAGGUGGAUUUAGUAACAUGUAGUAUCAGGAAGAGAUAUGAUUUGAUAUCUGAUUCUUUGCAAAGUUGCAGUUUUGUUAAGAGUUUUGGCAGUAACGUUAAAGAAAAGUCUAAAUAUAUGGAAAGAAAGUAGAAGAUGUGGCAUCCAAAUCAAAACUCCGCCUUCAGCACUUUAAUCUUCAUAUAAAAGAGAUUUCUGUCAUGACGGACUGUUAGUCUAGCAGUAGCCACUGGAGGGGGCACUUUUCCUUAAAAACCUGCAAACUGCAUCUCUUACUUCAUGGUGCUGCAGAUAUCUUUUUUUUCCAAAAGCAGUUUGACAGGAAAUGUUUUUCAGCACAUUAUGAGUGUUGUGCCGUUCCUUGCACAUUACCUAACUGUCAGUGUCCAUUCAGUCUUUUCCCUCUAUUUUUUACUUUGUUGCUGAUGUGUUUCUUUGAUGGAAUCUGCCUAAUUGAUGAGAUACCCCUUGUUUGUUGUGUUAGAUUUUUUUGAUCUGUAAGUUUUCACUGGAAAAUUAGGAUACAAGCUAUUUCCAAGGAUCAUGAAUGGCAUGCUGGCACUGCUGGGUGGAACUUAACUGAACGUAGAAAUGAUUGAUAGCCUAUAUACAUUCUGUACAUUACUUGAAAGUAAAGCAGCACACAUGCUCCUUCACCAGCAUUAUUUUAAAUGCAAACCUUGGAACUAAGAUACAACUUGUAUGUUUUUCUUUCUAGAUCAUAUGAAAUCAUAUCAUGUUGUGUCAACCUUUUUAAUAGAACUGCAUAGCAUGAAAGUAUAAGCAGCCAUUUUAUGUAAAGGCGGUGUGAACCUGCAGUAUGUUACACAGAGCUUUUUCUUUGCAGUCAAAUCUUCUGCAGCCUUGAUGAACUGAACUAAACAUCCUUACACAAAAUAUAUUUAAAAAUACAGCUGUAGUGGGGUCAAAUAUCCUUUUUUCCACUAAAAGCUUCAUAUGAUUGUUGUUGACUGAUCACACUUUUUCUUACCACUCAGUGCCAUAUUUGUGAUUUCUACAUACUCCCGAUUAUAACUUUUGUUUCACGUGUACUCCUGAUUCUUGUAAAUAACUGGAUCGUGACAAGUUGUAAAUAUAUAUCUGAAUAAAUGUGGGUCUUUGCAAA